AUGCAGGGCGCACCAAGGGGAUUGAGACAGAGGUGGGCCAGAGAUGCUGCAGCUCGCACGUCACCCGCCUCAUCACCGCAACGGCAAACUUCUGAUGAAGAGCUGGAAGGUGAGCCCUUCGUGGAUGCUGAAAUGGGGGCUGAGGACGAAGACCUGACAAUGGGGGGAGAGCUGGAGAUCGAAGUCCCUCCGGCCAAGUGGCCAGCUUUGCACUCGCUUCCAACUCAAAAGGCGGACCAGGCAGCUCGAGAAGAUCUUGGAUGGCUGGAUCGCUUUGCUAGAGAACAAGCUCAAGCCCACGUCAGACAGGGACUCAGCAACCUCAAGCAACCUUGGGAGAGAGGGCCCUUGGCCGGCAUCUUUGACUCCAAGCUCGCCUGGGCUAAACAAAGUUCGAAGUUUGGCCUGCCGUCCAUUGGGGCCAUGGAAACAUUGACAUCGACUUCACGUGUUGCUAAGGAACCAGCGCUGCCGAGUAGCUCAACGACCUUUGCCCACCAGAGGGUCCGACAGAUGAGACUGAACAAGACUGAUGAUGACGUGCGGCGGAAGUCAUUGGACAGAGUCUCAACUAUGAUACUCAUGGACAGCAAUGCAACAAAUGUGGGCAGGUCUCUCAUUACAUUUGCAGGUUCUUUAGUCACAGACACCGAAAUUGUCAAUUCCAUCUCAGAUGUGUUUGGGCCUAAGAGCACUGGCACGAUCCUCAAACGAACGAACGCAAUGUGGAGGUUCGCUCAAUGGCUCCAUAAGCAAUUUUUGGGGUCGCCGUUCAUUCAGCCUGAACCUGUGGUCUAUAGGUAUGUUAGCUUCCUCAAGGAGUCUGGAGCGAGCCCUACCACAGCGUCUCACUUCCUAGAAGCGCUGCAGUUCUUCAAUGGCCUUUUGGGAUUUGCAGUGACCAAGGUGACGGAAGUUUUGAGUGCCCGGGUCAAAGGUUCAGCUCACGUCCAAUACGUGGCCAAGAGGAUUCGAAAGCCUGCAGAAGUGCUGACUCAACAGGAGGUGACGGAGCUCGAGGACAUCGCACUGACCUCGGACAACCCGCAACAUGUUAUUUUAGCAGGGGUGUGGCUGAUUGAAGCAGAGACGAGUAAACGCAAGACCUCCACCACAAAGCAGAUGCAGACCGAGUUGCUGCCUUUCACAGCGCUGGGCCGGGCCUUCAACAUCAAGGCGUGGGCUGAGCCAUGGAUGGCUGCACGGGAGUCGGAAGGGCUGAACGGCCCCCCCUUUCUUCCAUCGUGGUCUGAAACGGCGGGAGUGUGGACAGAACACCGAAUGACAUCGGCAGAGGCCUCCUCCUGGCUGAGGGAGCUUUUGGCCCCCACAUCAGGCUUUGAUAGAGCGGCCAAACUCACAAUUCAUGGCUUGAAGGCCACACUGAUAUCAUGGGCAGCCAAGUCACUGACGUUUUCGCCAGAAGAGUUGACAGCACUCGGUCACCAUGUCUCAAAGGCACAUCGUUCCUCCAUGAUUUAUUCCAGGGACAACCAGAUCGCGCUCGCUGUCAAGGUGCACAACAUGUUGGCCAGGAUGCGGGCAGGCUACUUCCAGCCGGACUUGCCAAGGGUGGUCAGGCUGUUUGACCUCGCUGCGCAGAUUGAAAGGGAGCAGGAUGAGCCGCAGGAAGGCACCAUUUCGGCUUCGAGUAGCGAUCAUUCGGAUGACUCGUGUAUGGCAUCAACAGGUGAAGAACUAGAUGCUGAUCCACGCCUUCCCAGGGCGAAUCCUAUGGACAUUGAUGUGAACAC